ACCUGAAAUAUAUGUUACAAUAGUUGGAAUUGCAUUCAGUUGUACACCUGACUAGGUAUCCCGUUUUCCCAAUCUGUCACUCCAUAAUGAUGGGGGAAGGGAGAAUCCUCCAUCCCUACGUCUGACGUCGGGGCGUGAAAGAGAGGGCAGGCGAGGAGGAGAGGAAGCUGCGAUCAACACAGGCAGGGCGUCUGAGCCUAAACAAGGACAAAGUGAUCACGGUAUCAAUGCUCUAACAAUGGACUUAGCAGAUAUGCUUGUCGUCAAAUUCUUCUGUUUCGUCUACUUAAUAAAUUACACCCAGGGUUAUCAUUAUGGGAACCCCCUGAACAAGUAUGUGCGUCACUACGAGGGUCUGUCCUAUAACACCUAUGAGUUACAGGACAAGCACCUGAGAGCCAAGAGGGCCCUCCACCACCAAGACACAUUUCUCCAUCUAGACUUCCACGCACACGGAAGACAUUUUAACCUGAGGAUGAAGAGAGACACCAGUCUGUUUGCUGAGGACCUGAAGGUCGACAUGGGAGGACAGGAGGUGAACUAUGACACCUCUCAUAUCUACACUGGAGAAAUAUAUGGUGAGAAAGGUACCCUGAGCCAUGGGUCUGUGGUGGAUGGGAAGUUUGAGGGCUUCAUCCAGACGUACCAGGGGACGUUCUACGUAGAGCCAGCUGAGCGAUACCUGAAGGACCGGGACGUUCCCUUCCAUUCAGUUAUCUACCACGAGGACGACAUCAAUUACCCCCACAAGUAUGGUCCAGAGGGGGGCUGUGCCGACCACUCUGUGUUUGAGAGGAUGAAGAAAUACCAGGCCACCGCCAUGGUGGAGCCAAACAAGAAGCUCCAUGCAGAGGAGGCGUCCAGUGACCCGGUGUUGCUGAGGAAGAGGAGGACGGCUCAGAUAGAGAAGAACACCUGUCAACUCUUCAUCCAGACAGACCACCUCUUCUUCAAGUACUACAAGACCAGGGAGGCCGUCAUCGCACAGAUCUCUAGUCACAUCAAGGCUAUUGAUGCCAUCUACCAGGGAACAGACUUCAUGGGUAUCCGGAACAUCAGCUUUAUGGUCAAGAGGAUACGGAUCAACACUACUACAGAUGAGCGGGACCGGUCCAACCCGUUCCGCUUCGCUAACAUCGGCGUGGAGAAGUUCCUGGAGCUGAACUCUGAGCAGAACCACGACGACUACUGUCUGGCCUACGUCUUCACUGACAGGGACUUUGAUGAUGGUGUGCUGGGUCUGGCCUGGGUUGGAGCUCCUGCAGGGAGUUCUGGAGGGAUCUGUGAGAAGAGUAAGCUGUACUCUGACGGGAAGAAGAAGUCCCUGAAUACCGGCAUCAUCACUGUUCAGAACUACGCCUCCCACGUCCCUCCGAAGGUCUCACACAUCACCUUUGCCCACGAGGUGGGACACAACUUUGGCUCGCCGCAUGACUCGGGGUCAGAGUGCACCCCAGGGGAGUCGAAGACCCAGGAUAAGAAGGAGAAGGGGAACUACAUCAUGUACGCCCGGGCCACAUCAGGAGACAAACUCAACAACAACAAGUUCUCCGUCUGUAGCGUCAGGAACAUCAGCCAGGUCCUGGAGAAGAAGAGGGGAAGCUGCUUUGUCGAGUCAGGCCAGCCCAUCUGUGGUAAUGGGUUAGUGGAGCCAGGGGAGGAGUGUGACUGUGGAUACAGCGAUCAGUGCAGAGACCAGUGUUGCUAUGACGCCGACCAGCCUGACAACAGGAAGUGUAAAUUAAAACCCAACAAAGUCUGCAGUCCCAGCCAGGGCCCGUGCUGCACUCCUGAGUGCUACUAUAAGGGCCGGAAUGAGAAGUGUCGUGAGGAGUCUGAGUGUGCUCAUCAGGGCAUGUGUAACGGGGGUACGGCCCAGUGCCCCACCUCUGAACCCAAGGCCAACUUCACCGCCUGCCACGGAGAAACUCAAGUGUGCCUCAACGGGGGCUGUUCUGGCUCCAUCUGUGAGAAGUAUGGUCUGGAGGUCUGUACCUGUGCCAGCGUGGAGGGCAAGGACGAGACUGACGAGCUGUGCCACGUUUGCUGUAGUGAGAAAAUGAACCCCAACACCUGCAGCAGUACGGGUUCAGAGAAGCUGGCCCGGUUCUUCAAUAAGAAAGUCACCACGCUGCCCGCGGGGUCUCCCUGCAACGACUUCAAGGGCUACUGUGACGUGUUCAUGAGGUGUCGGCUGGUGGACGCGGACGGCCCUCUGGCCAGACUGAAGAAGGCCAUCUUCAACCCUGAGCUCUAUGAGAACAUUGCAGAGUGGAUAGUGGCUCACUGGUGGGCAGUGUUGUUGAUGGGCAUCGCUUUGAUCAUGUUGAUGGCUGGCUUCAUUAAGAUCUGUAGUGUCCACACCCCUUCCAGCAAUCCCAAACUGCCUCCACCCAAACCACUACCAGGCACGCUAAAGAGGAGGAGAGCCCAGCAGCACGCACGGGACGCCCGAGACGCCCAGGUGCACCAGUCCCAGUCCCACCACGGAGGUGGAGAUCACGGCCAGCACCACCCAGUCUCCGGAGGCCAGCGGCAGCAGCCCUCACGCCAGGCCCAGCCACAACCCCAGCCUCAGAGGCAUCACCGCAGCCAGGGCCAGCCUAGAGAAAACUACCAGAUGGGUCAGAUGAGACGCUGAGCUGUUGAGACACUGGGGCUCGGGGUGGGACCGCUCGGGGUGGGACCGCUAGGUCCGCUGCUCCUUCCAUCGACUGCUCCUUGCCUUGGCUCCUCCACGUGCCUAUCUAUGUAACUGGUGGGACUGGGAUUUGAACCGAUUUGUGGGAUUUUAAUCCGGGUCUCCAGGGUGGGACUCUGACGUCCUAACCAUUUAGAUCAACAGGAUUUUCUUAGCUUUUUCUUGAUUGGGAUCGAUGGAAUCAAGGCGAAAGGGAAUCACACUUUAGUUUUUACACGUUUUUUUGUUGUUGGAUUUCCUCUUGGUCUAAUGGUUAAGGUGUUGGGUUGCCACGUGGGAGGACCUGGGUUCGAAUCCCACCGGUUUACACCUAACAGUAGGAUAAAACACUUGCUUCAGUCCUUCCAAAGAACAGCCUAAACUGGUUGUUUUACCAUCCUCAUACCCUCCAUCUACAAACAAAACAGAGUUGAGAAAGUGAGAAUAAACGGACCCCCUCCCCCCCCCCUCAAACGACCACCACUGACUAGAGCCUGCAGCACGGCUGACCUCUUCAGUCUUGUUUUCUGUGGCUCUCUAUGUGCAGUGGAAUCCAGCAUCAGUCAUUUUGUUUGACCAGCCACCAUUUUUUUUUCUUGUGGAGUGGAAGUGACCAUCCACCAUUUUGUUUUGUGGAGUGGAAGUGACCAUCCACCAUUUUGUUUUGUGGAGUGGAAGUGAACAUCCACCAUUUUGUUUUGUUUUGUGGAGUGGAAGUGACCAUCCACCAUUUUGUUUUGUGGAGUGGAAGUGAACAUCCACCAUUUUGUUUUGUGGAGUGGAAGUGACCAUCCACCCACCAUUUUGUUUUGUGGAGUGGAAGUGAACAUCCACCAUUUUGUUUUGUUUUGUGGAGUGGAAGUGACCAUCCACCAUUUUUUAAAUUUUUUUGUGGAGUGGAAGUGACCAUUGGCCAUUUCCAAUGCGCAGUAGGUCUUCGGUCUGCCUCUUUUUCCCACCAAAUCUUUCUUUCAAUGGAGUGCCAACGAGUGGAGGAAUGGAACGGUUUCAUCACGUGUAGCUUUACUACCUUCGGUCAUGUUUUUUGUUUCGCUUUGUAAAGUACCUCCUCUUUGAGUGAGAACACCCACGUGAUCCGUGGCUCCUGGUUGGUUGAAAUGUUUUGUCGGCCGUAGUAGCCAGGAAUAUGACGUGAAAAACACUCGGAGGGGAUUUGCUAAAACACAACGUUUCCAACAAAACUGGGAAAAGAGACGAAGCUCUCCUCUUGGUUUCUCCAUGUAGAGACUGACUGUCUUCUGCAUGUGAUUUGUACAGAUUUCAGUGUAACAUAAGUGAAAAAACUAAACUAUUUCUUCUACUGUAAAUGUACGAAUGAUUCUUUACUGUGUUUUUGGGUUAGUACUGUACUCUCAGGACAGUAACACAAAUGAAGAUAGCUGCAAUAGUAAAUGGACAGCAUUUCACCAAUCAAGUUCUUCUUUUACUGCAGUGAUGGAAUCACAUGGAUGGAAUUCUCUAUGGCGUUGUGUUUAGGGUCCGGUUGCUAGAUGCUAGGUUCCAAGGAUCGAACAAAAAGGUCACCACCAUUUUCCCACUACUUCUCACCUUUUGACCUUUUGUGACUUUCGAGAUCUCCCUCAUCUCUUCAUCGGGUAACGACUUGUUCUGAUUGCGUCAUGAUGACAUGAUUAAUGACUUGUUCCGAUCGCGUCAUGAUGACAUCACGAUGUAACGACUUGUUCUGAUGACAUCAUGAUGUAACGACUUGUUCUGAUGACAUCAUGAUGUAACGACUUGUUCCGAUCACGUCACGAUGACAUCACGAUGUAACGACUUGUUCUGAUCACGUCACGAUGACAUCACGAUGUAACGACUUGUUCUGAUCACGUCACGAUGACAUCACGAUGUAACGGCUUGUUCUGAUGACAUCACGAUGUAAAGACAUGUUCCGAUGACGUCACGAUGUAAUGAUUCGGGAUAGAAGAAUCAGGGGAAAGAAAGGAAAGGGAACUUUAAUUUGUAGUUUUUACACACUUCUUAUUUUUCUUGAUAUGUUUUGAUGCAGAAGAAUAGAACAAAUAACCACUAACGGAAAGCUGAUGAUUCUGCCUGUUAUAUUAGGUCAGUGAUGCGUUUAUUUUUUAUUUUUUUAAGAGACAUUUUAUCAUUCAAAAUGGCACCCUAUUCACUAUUUAGCCCUAUGCACCCUGGUCAAAAGUAGUGCACUAUAUAGGGUUUAGGGUGCCAUUUCGGACAUACACUUACUUUAGUACGGAGUGCAUUAAUAGUAUCAAAUUGCUAGGUUUAUGUGAGUGUGGAAAAUAAAUACAAAAACAAUUCCAGAAUGGAUGAAAAAAAAAAAAAAACAUUGAGUACAAUUGAUAUCAAACUGUUCAUUUUCAAUGUGGGCAUGGAGUCAUGAUUUUUAUUUUUUAUUUUAAAUAUGACUACGGUUGAUUUGACAAAAGGUCUGUACUAAAUUGUCUGUUACGUAAUUGAUCACAACCGAUAACUUGCCAAUGAUAGCUGGUGUUGACUAGUUUGGGUCUGUAGUACAGACAGCAGGGGGAGGAGUUAUUCCAAGAUGGUGGCACUUUCAAACUAACACUAACACUAUGUAUAGAGCUAGAAUCUGGAUUGAGUGGUCUUCCAUCCUGCAACAAUGUGUGUGGAGGCCUGGAUUGGGUUCAUUAGGCAUCAAACGGAAGAAAACGGACUGCAACACGGAAGGGCCUACCUGGAUUUGUCUUAAAAAAAAGAAACGUUCAUUUUAGUUUUUUUCCCGUUACAAAAUGUUUUGAACACCGUUUUCGGCUGUGUGCCCUAAUGAAGACAACCCUGUUGUGUUGCUCCACUGGGUCCUUUACAGGGGUGAAGACUGUGGGCUUUUUACAUUCACAUUGGUGUGCCAUACAUGUCUUUGUACUUGUGGGCGAACGAGUCAUAUCAUUUUAUGAAUGAGUCACAUCUUCUUUUUUUUUUAUCAUUACCUUCUAUGUAGGAAAAGCCAGUAGGAAGGUCUCUAAAAGCCAUGCACUAGUUUGAAUGGAUGAAUGGACGUCACAUAGCCUGGUCCCAGACCUACUACUGCUGUCUGGCCAACUCCUAUGGUAAUUGUCAUGCCAAACAGUGAUUUGACUAUGAUUUUUUUUUUUUUUUUUGGCAUAAGAGUUGGCCAGACAAACAGAUGUGGGGUUCCCUUGGAUAGAAGUGUCAGGUUUUUUGAGGAGAUAGAGACUACGAAGACAGUAGUACUAGGUUUACUCCUGCCCCUUUUUAUACUACAAAGAUGGUAGGCUGGGUUGAUGUGGGACAGCAUUUGGAACAUAGCCUAGAUCACGUAAACAUCUUCAAAGCUAACCCCAACCAUACUGUUCUGGGUCAAAUCUGUUCUUUUCAACACUAUCAUGCUGACCCCAACCAUACUGUUCUGGGUCAAAUCUGUUCUUUUCAACACUAUCAUGCUGACCCCAACCAUACUGUUCUGGGUCAAAUCUGUUAUUUUCAACACUAUCAUGCUGACCCCAACCAUACUGUUCUGGGUCAAAUCUGUUCUUUUCAACACUAUCAUGCUGACCCCAACCAUACUGUUCUGGGUCAAAUCUGUUCUUUUCAACACUAUCAUGCUGACCCCAACCAUACUGUUCUGGGUCAAAUCUGUUCUUUUCAACACUAUCAUGCUGACCCCAACCAUACUGUUCUGGGUCAAAUCUGUUCUUUUCAACACUAUCAUGCCCAACCAUACUGUUCUGGGUCAUUUCCAGCAUGGUUCCAGCAGUUAUGGUUUAAUGUGUAACCAGGCCAGGGCAGUCAGUAUAACUUGGUUUGGCUCGGUUCAGCUCGGUAUUGUUCUGGGUCAUUUCCAGCAUGGUUCCAGAAGCUAUGGUUUAAUGUGUAACCAGGCCAGGGCAGUAUAACUUGGUUUGGCUCGGUUCAGCUCGGUAUUGUUCUGGGUCAUUUCCAGCAUGGUUCCAGCAGCUAUGGUUUAAUGUGUAACCAGGCCAGGGCAGUAUAACUUGGUUUGGCUCGGUUCAGCUCGGUAUUGUGAGAAGGGUAAUGGACUCUGUUGGGGACUUAGACACUUGUCUGUCUUCCAUUGAAUCCUGUAUUUCACAUUGCUGAAUAACUGGGAGACUGGUCGCUAAAUUGAUCAUGAAGUUUUUCUGAAGAGAAGGAAGCCGUUUUAAUAAGAAAAUAUCUGACCAGCUAGCACACUCACAGUACACUAAGCCAGACUUUUUUUUCCUGUAAACUUGUACAGUAGUUGGAGAAUUUUAAGAGUUUUUUUUAAAUUUGAAAAUAAAAAUCAACAUUUUUGAAAACGAGGAAAACCGGUUCAGAAACAAAACAUCCCCUCCUCAAAACCUUCUCAGUAACACUUGAUUUUUGAAGGGAACCUUCGUAAGUAUUUUAUAACAUUCAUAAACCGUACAUAAAACAUUCAUAAGCAGUACAUAAGUAUUUCAUAGUAGACAUAAUGUAUUAAAUGCUUACACACUGAUUUAUGAAUGUGUUAUAACAUCUUUUAUGUAGGUACCCUUUAAAGAAAGUGUUUACCAACCUCCCUGGGUUGUUCUCUUAUCUAUGCUAGUUGAAAUGGGAUUAGUUUUAAAUAUAAUUUACUUUAAUUCUCCACCAUCAUGAAAAUGGUUAUAAAAAAAUUAAUAAUUAAAAAGUCAGUGUGAUGGACUUAAAUGUUUCCUUCAUUCUCAUUUCAUUUAAGUCAGUUAUCCUAAGGCAUGGUUUCUUUAAAUUAUUAUUAUUAUAAUUUUUUUUUCGUGGUCUUCAUGAUAAAGAAGGUUCUAAACGUAUUACGUGCACUGAAAUGUCAAAAUUGAGUUGAAAAAAAAUGUUGUUAGGUGAAAUGAAGAUCUAGGCCCGAAAGAACACACGAUGAUUAAAAAGUU